CAGUCCAUAAUUAGUUCAAAGGCGUCAUAGACUCCAUGGGCUUACCGGGCAUUUUUUUUGAUCAAAACUUCAAGGAACAUGGCCGAUUAUCGCGCGAUUAAUGUCCGUAGAAGGAAGAUACUCUCAUACAUGGGCACAAAUUAUCGGUCCGCAUUUCCAGUGGAAGGAGAUGAUAUGAUGGGUUGGUGUGGUCAUAGGACCUGCGCAGCACUCACACUUCAUACCCAAUUGGUGUGGAUAUAUGGGGGGCCCCGCCAGGUUGUGUGAUCCGAUAUCUAUGGUGCCCCAUGGCUACUCGGAUUCAAAUCAUUUGCUGACCUCUAAUCCAGUCGUGUUCCGUAAUAUAAGCGUCGAAUGGUUCUCAGGCAUACAGACGCGUGCCCAUCCUUACCUGCAUGGCGCCUCCUACAGGAACUACCGGAACUCAACUCAGCCGAAGGCAAUGGGCCUUUGCGUUCGCUCUUCUUCUUGAUGUGCUCAACGCACACUUCCAGACCGUAUUCGGGAUCUCUAAGCUUCAGAGUACGCUCUUACAAUUGGCAUACUUUGGUGCCUAUUUCGUGUGGGCACCGUUCGCGGGUAUAUUUAUGAGACGAGUAGGAUACAAGAAAGGCAUCCAUAUCGGCCUUAGCUUGUACUCCAUUGGCGCCGUAUUCUUCUGGCCAUCCGCGAAAUACGAAGUUAUGGAGGGUUGCGGCCUCUCAACACUCGAGGUCGCGGCCAACUCUUACAUAUCUGUGCUUGGCACGCCUCAGUAUGCCGCCGCCCGUUUGAAUUUCAGUCAAGGGUUCCAAGGUGUCGCAUCCUUUGCUGGACCUUUGAUCGCUUCGCGCUGGUUUUUCACUGGUGCCAAUGCGACCAGUCUUGGCACUGUGCAAUGGGUCUAUCUCGCAGUUGCUGGCCUCGGCGUAGUACUCAAUAUACUAUUUUUCUUCUGCAACCUACCUGAAAUCACAGAAGAUGCUUUGGCUGAAGAGAUAGAUGAAGUCGGCAUCACAGAUGGCCAAGGACCUUUCCGGCAGCAAUAUCGCUGUAUCUUUGGGUUUGUUGCCCAGACUGCCUACUUUACUAUCGCCUCUUUCGCCGUCAACUUCCUCGUCGACCAAGGAAUUGGUAUCGACCAGUCAAAGGCUAGCGAGCUCUUCUCGCUCUGCCAGGUCACCUUCACCGUAGGACGAUUUGUUGGCGUAGUAAUACUCAACUUUAUCGACCCUGCCUUAUUGCUAGCCUUCUACGGGUUUUGUUGUUCGCUGUUCUGCCUCCUGGUCUCCCAGCUUCCUGGGUAUAACGCUGUCGCAUGUCUCUUCUGUCUGUUCUUCUUCGAAUCCAUUUGCUAUCCUUGUAUCUUCACCCUAGGUACUAAGAACCUCGGAGUGCACACCAAGCGGGGCUCUGGUCUUAUUGUUAUGGGUGUCGGGGGAGGGGCUUGGUACCCACCUGCACAAGGUGGCCUCGCCGACAAAACAUCUACCCAACACUCGUAUCUUGUCCCAUUGUCAGGUUACAUCGCCAUGACCAUUUACGCCGUCGGCCUUGUUGUCGACCAGGCGAGGAAGAACGGAUUCUCAUUCCGCAACCGCGAUGAGCUUACCGCCAACUUGAACAACGCCACCAGCAAUUUAUCCCCAACUGAGUCGCUCCCUGAUGAUGCGAAAGGACGUUCGAGCAGUGAAAAGAAGUUGUCCAGUGAUGAACUAGUUAGGGUCGCAUGAAAAUACAUUCACGAUAGAGGAAGAGUACCAUGACCUUUACAAUAUGUAGAUAAGCAUUCGCUACCCCACAGAUAUUAUUACAUGUCUAUGUAUAUAACGAUGUCACUGCCAUCCGGUGAGUAUCUAUAAAUGAUGGCUGAAUAACGUGAGUGUGUAUGACAUUCAUCGCCGAUGUCCUUGAACCGCACAUGAUCUAUGAUUUACCCGAAUGUAACUCAAACCAAU